GAAUGAAACUCAAAUUUUUUGUUGUUUUACUAAUUCCUGUUUUACGGAUUAUCUUUAUGUCUUCGUUUUCAUUGUUGCACCCUGUGGCAGCGCUGCGCGUUUUGGAGUCAAUUAAGCCUGAUGUUCAGUUGGUUCCUUCGUCAGAUAGGCAAGUUGAUGUGAAACAAAAUACUAGACUGCGACACGAGGCGAAAGAUCCUAAACAAAAUGCUACCGGCUCGGCUGAUGAUUUAAAACCUAAUUUGCAAUUGUUUACACGUUAUUGGAUGGCAGAAAGUGCACCAUCGACACAGGCUCACAUUUCUAGAGGAAGUUGGGCACGCUAUUUACGCUUCAAAGACACUUGCCGUAAGAUUUUCGAUGAGGAUUAUAUGGCUGAGCUUCAAUUGAAUAGCACCGAGAGUGGUUAUUUUCAUUGGGAAGCGAACGAGUUUCACCGUCAGCUUCGUGAUCGUCUAUUGCCUCAGGCGCAAGGAGGAAGUUUUCGAGCACUAAUCGGUUCACAUUUGCUUAGUCGUCUAGAUCCACGGUUAUUUGCUUCGGAGCCGAGGAGUUUUUGUGAAGCUAAGAGGCAUGUUUCUGAAGCAGAUGAGCGACACAAACUUGCCAAAGAAGAACAGCACAUGUUUGAGGAUUUUUUGAUUAAUAAAGUGCUACCUCCUGACAUGUUUGCGCCACGCAGACCUCCACCAUUGAUGCCUCCUUCGAAUACAACCAACAAUGUUAUAAAGUUUUAA